AUGACAUUGAACCGAUUGUACUUGGACAACCAGGGUGAAUUGGAAUUCUUCAGAAUGUCAGAACCGACAGCACCUGAGCAGCCUGCAGGUGAAACGGAGGAUCAAGUCACGUCGCCAGACCCAAGGCCACCAUCGCCUCCUGACUACAGUUCUCACUUUGUACCAGGGCCCUCGGGAACAGCUGUCCCUCCACCUACAGCCAACACAGCAGGCUUGCCAAUAGGACGUCAUGUUACUCAGAAUCCCAGUACCUUCCCCUUGUACCAGCCCAUCGGUACUACUCAACUGAUCCAGUCUCAGCCUGGCAAAUACCCUACACCGAACCAACAUGCUGCAAUAACUUGGAUGCCAGUGCCACCUCCUAUACCAAACUGCCCUCCAGGCCUGGAAUACUUAGCUCAGCUGGACAAUAUACACGUUCUUCAACAUUUUGAGCCUCUGGAAAUGAGAACACAUUUCGAAACUAAUAAUAGCUACGAUAUUAAAAACAACUCCAACCAGAUGGUUUACUCCGUGACCGAAGACACCGAUGACUACGGCAGAAAUUCUUAUCGUACACUAAGACCCUUUGUGCUUCGGGUCACUGACUGCAUGGGACGGGAAAUUAUGACAAUGCUGAGGCCUUUCAGAUGCACCUGCUGCUGCUUCUGUUGCCCCUCCGCUAGGCAAGAGCUGGAGGUGCAGUGUCCCCCCGGGGUCACCCUUGGCUUUGUUGCAGAGCAUUGGAAUCUGUGCAGGGCGGUUUACAGUAUCCAAAAUGAGAGGAAAGAGAAUGUACUGAACGUGCGUGGGCCGUGCUCAACGUACGGCUGUGGUUCCGAUUCUGUUUUUGAGGUUCAAUCUCUUGAUGGCGUGUCCAACAUUGGCAAUAUCAUCAGGAAGUGGAACGGCUUGUUAUCAGCAAUGGAGGAUGCUGACCAUUUUGACAUUCACUUCCCACUGGACAUGGAUGUGAAGGUGAAAGCCAUGAUUUUUGGAACCUGUUUCCUCAUUGACUUCAUGUACUUUGAAAGAUCUCCAUCACAACAUUCGUCAGCGUAG